AUGCCCUUAAGUGUUGAUGAUAACUGGAUGAGAGAGCUCACAGCCGGCAACACGGGUCUGUCGCCGAGCAUAACUGAAUCUCUGUACCGUGAAAUCGCCGAUGUGCCACUUGUGGAAGCCGUAGAGUGUGUACUCGCAGGCGACUUCCUAAGAAAAUGGAGGAGAGGGCGACCGUUGACACCAAAAAAUUAUACCAAUGACACAGAAUCGCAAGAUAAACAAUCAUCGGCAACCAAAGAUCUUGUUGUAAUACCUACAGGAAGAUCACAUGAACGGUUCUUCUGGGUAUCACGGGUAUGCGGAACAUACUUCUUAAGAUGGCAAUCUAGACGGAAACGGUCUAACGAAACUGUAUUCGCACUAUGCGGACUACACAGUAUAAGACGCGGUGACGAAGUCGAUAGCUUCGACAAUAAGAACAAACAUUAUGUUGCUGAUAAACUGGUAUUCAUACUCUCGGGGGCUGUGUCACUACGGAUCGCCGCAGACACGCCACGAGCAACACUCCUAUGGAUAGCAGGGAUAUACCACAUCGCAAGGCACGCAUGUGAUGAGUAUGCACGAGCAUGGAUUACAAAUUCUACCAAAAUAGCAGAAUUAUUCUCAUGCAAAGAUUUAGAUGGAAUACCCACAUUCAAAUCAAAAACUAUAGUCGAGGAACUAGAACGAAAGGAAAAUGUACUAAGCAAUAUACUAUCUACAAACAAGUCGCCGUCAGAUGGAGGGAUAACAUGGCCAGAUGACGUAGACGAAGUAGCUGCCUUGCUUGCGGAACUCAACCUUAUUAGAAGAAAUGAUACAGUGGAACCAAUAGUUACAGCUGUUAAGGAAAUUUUAGCCACACGGCAAUCGUGGUUACACAGACUUAUUCAAAGACUCAAUCAGGCAGAAUUCAGUAGGGUAGACAACCUAGUGAGGUUUGUUGCCGACUGUGCCUACCACCUGAAGGCUCUGGAUAUAACCUGUCAACGUUCAAGGCACAAGGUGUUCGUUCUUGACCCCUCACUGGAACCACAGGAAGCGGCACGUAUUAUAUUCGAUGUAGUCAAACAUUACUCAAUCAUUGUGGACGCCAAUGACUUCAAGGAUCAACCCAUACCUAAUGUGCAAUCGGAUGAUGCAAAUAACAAGAACACACAUAACAAUAAUAGUAAAGCUAAAAGCCAAUCAUGCUGUUGGAAAAGAUCUCCCAGAAGGAAAGGAGGAAAAAAGUCGAUGGAUGACGCAAUCCAGGAUGACACCGAAGUCACUAAUCUGGAACAUCCAUAUAUGCAUGAUGCCGAUAUGGAUAGCGACGUUGAGGCUCAUGAAGAAACACCGACGACCGUUGAUAAGUCUCUAUGGCGGGAAAGGGAUCCCCUGCAACCUAUACAGAACGAACAGUACCAGCUGUUCCUAGAGACAGUACAGGGAGCGGACAGAAUGGAAACUGCGGAAAGCUUGAUAGAGGUGAUGACAAGCUCCGCUGCAGGACCCAUUACCACACAAAAGGCUGUGGAAACCAAAAGCGGCCGUGGACUUUGCGUUAAAACAAAUAAAACACAUGUACCCGUAAAGCUACUCACAGUCAUGGGCUUCCAUUGGUCUCUCGCUCAAAAAUUCAACACCCUAGCAAUGCCACAAGACGCUCUAGAGAUUGCUAAUAUGCUGAAAUACCCACUCAACGCAUUCUGGAUUGCAAGCUCACACAACACGUAUCUAACGGGGAACCAAGUCGGAGGGGCAGCAACGGCCGGGGCACUGGCAGACGCACUCCUCAGAGGAUGCAGAUGCAUCGAGUUGGAUUGCCAAGAUGGUGCUUACGGAGAACCGGUACUUUGCCACUCGUGGAAAAACUGCCAACUCACAGGAUCGGUCACCCUCAGGGAGGCACUCCUUGCGUGCAAGGAAACUGCAUUCAGGACUUCGAAACUGCCCGUUAUACUAUCUAUGCAGAUGACGUGUACCGAUGAGUGUAAGAGCAAAACCGCAGAAAUGUGUAAAUCAAUACUCGGAGAUGAACUAUACGUACCGGAUCCUAAGGACCCAGUUGAUUUUGUGGCAGCAGUCCCAAUAGGUUCACUGCUAUCUAAGUUCAUUAUCAAGGGUAAGAUGAGAAUUGAGGGUGUGCCGAAAAAUCCUGAAGCUGAAAAGGAAUGGAUGUCAGUUGUGGCACUGCACGGUUACAGGAUGAACGAUUUAACGCCGGACACCUUGCAGAACGUAAAACGUAACGACGUAUACAGCAUGAAAGAAAGCAAGUUUUCCAAAGUCGCACCACAUCAAGAGUUCUUGAGGCAAUUCACGGAUAUAUCGAUGAUCAGAGUAUUCCCCUCCAGUACCAGAGUCGCAAGCACGAACUUCUGCCCACUCAACGCAUGGGCGGCAGGGAUCCAGUUUGUGGCACUCAACUACCAGUCUUGCGAUCGGUCGAUGCUUAUCAACUAUGGAAAGUUUAAUCAGAGCUUCGGAUAUGUCCUGAAACCGCCUGAACUUAGGCCAAUAUCCUUCAGGAAUGAAGAAUGCCCUAACUACUUCUGCAAUAGACCAAUUACUCUCAAAAUACAUGUAUUAUCUGCGUCACAGCUAUCGCCGCCAAACGAGGGACUGGAGCAGACCAAUUUUGCUAACGCAUUGGAAAACAUAUUGUACUCAAUACACCAGGGUGGUACAGUGCUUAACCUGGAUGAGGUGGCCAGAAGAAUGGGCAAACCUCGCAAGCCGCAACCUCCAAACGCAAAGGAACGAAUGGAACUCCAAAAUGCUAUAGAAGAGGGACUACAGGUAGAUGAUGACAAAAACGUUACCCUGGGUAAGGUAUUCGAAAAAUCUGCAGAUAUAGUAGUGGCACAAUGUGAUACGUGCUGUCCGUUCGUAGAGGUUGCCGUUGUAGGCGAGGGUGAGCGUAUACAACGCACUGAAAUAGUAAAUUUUAACGGAUUCAAUCCCGUAUGGGCAGACACUACACCGCCAUUUGAGUUUCUCGUCAAGAACCCAAACCUCGCUAUACUGCUGCUCACGGUCAAGCACUACGAUAAUGUAGGAACGCAACUCAUAGGACAGACUGCACUGCCGGUUAACAGAAUACGUCCUGGAAUAAGAUGGGCGCAAUUGCUCGACCAGCGAUUGAUGGAAAUUGAUUGCUGCGGCCUACUUCUGCACAUCGAAAUUGCAUACGCAAAUUGA